GCCGAGAGCCCCGAGUCAGACAGGAGGAACAAAAUCGGACUCCGAGACUCACAGGAAGGAAAAGAACCCGACUCCACUUCUCUCUGACGAGUGCCGCGACCCAAAGCUCCGGGAAACAUGUGUAAAGGAUUAGCUGCGUUGCCCCAAAGCUGCCUGGAGAGGGCGAAGGAGAUCAAGACCAAACUGGGCGUUCUGCUGCAGAAGCCGGACAAUGCCCUGGACCUCAUCAUCCCCUACCCGGAGAAGCCGGAGAAGAAGCCGGAGAAGCUGCAGAAGCCCGCUCCCGAGGAAGCUGCUCAGUGGCGCGAGAGUCUGGACCGAGUCCUGAACAACAGCUACGGGCUGACGUCUUUCCGUAGCUUCCUGCAGUCCGAGUUCAGCGACGAGAACGUCGAGUUCUGGACCGCCUGCGAGGACUUCAAGAAGACCAAGAGCCCCGUGAAGAUGGCCGCCAAGGCCAAGAAGAUCUACGAGGACUACAUCCAGUCCGAGGGACCCAGAGAGGUGAACAUUGACCACUUCACCAAGGACGUGACCCUGAGGAACCUGGUGGACCUCUCCCCCGGGACCUUCGAGCUGGCCCAGAAGAGGAUCUACGCCCUGAUGGAGAAGGAUUCCUUCGGCCGCUUCCUGCGCUCUGAGCAGUACCAGGAGCUCCUGGUCAACUAAGCCCUGAGCCGCAGUGAGAGGAUCUGAGGGCCGGGCGGUGGGGGGGGGCGAGGUUUCAAACAGCAGUUAUUCUACUCCACGUGAAAAAUAUUGGGAGGCAACUCAUGGUUUUAAAUAAUGUCGAAAAAAAAAUACCAUUGUGUUUGAGCGCUCGAGAGGAAAAAGACCUUUAUUUGACUAAAGAUGCCAAAUGAUCCAAUGUGGAAAAAAAAAAAUUCAAAAUGAUGUUUUAAAUGUAACUAAAGGGAACAACUGCCUUUUGAAACAGCCCCGCCUCCCCAUCCAACACACACACACACACACACACACACACACACACACACAGACCUGCAUAAAGUCAAGAUCCACAUCAACGUGUUUCUAUCAAAAACUCAACACAAAGUCGGCCGUUUAACGUUCGGACUCAAAGUAAGUUCAUGAUUUUAUCCACAGACGAUAUUUAACCCCCGACUCAGACUUGUUGUAGGUUUGGAAGAUUCUGCCCACACAAGAUUCAUAGUUACAUGAAAACCAAUUUUCAAUUUUCAAUUGGAUUCAGUUCAAUUCGAGAAACUAUAUUUGUCACCGAGGGGCAAUUCAAGGGCACAUAGUUGUACACAUGACACACUCACAACAACGGCAGCAAAAAAAAGCAAACAACUGUACAAAUUAAAAUUGAAGACAAACAACUGUACAAAUGAAAAAGAUGCCAGCAUCAGUGCAUUUAGUGUUCACGCAUGCUGAAGGAAUCCAACGUUACGUUCUUUGAAAAGCAGCAUCAGCUAAAAUUGGGCCUUUUUCAAAUACCUACAGUAUAAAUCAGCUGCACUGUUGGGAUGCUACUGCCUUCAGUGCAAUAUGUUAUGAAAAUUAUAUUGUUCUUUUUAAUUACUUGAUUGAGCGAGAGUCAGAAAAACGGUUUUGCAAAAUCACCUAUUUUCCAAGCGCUCAAAUUCCAUAGUCGACUCUUACGGGCUUCCACGGAUUCCCUACAGUCUUACGAGUGUUCACACAUUUUCUUUGCCCGCCGCCUCCACAAACACAAACGUAUCACAGCGACACACACAAAUUGUAUCAAUAAUAAUCUUUAUUCAGGUUUCAUGUCGUGUCAUCUGCACGGGACGCGGGCACAGAGCCGAAUUUGAAAUACGACUGAAAGAGAAAAACAUCCGUCUGUUUCGUCAGACACCAAAAAGAUGGACAGUCGCGAACGGAAAAGUCAAAUCAUUUCAAAGAAAACAAAAACCAAAACAUGACUUAGUGUCAGAUGUCGGACGUCGGGCGUCCGCGUGGGUUUUGUGUCAGAGCGACUCUUUAAGGGCUUUGUGCUUCUGUCAAACCCAAAGAACAGAAAUGACCUCUAACGUUUUCUGAGUGUCUUCCGCAUUUACACGGACUGGUCUUUUCAAUAAAAAUUAAAAAAAAAAGAAAAAUCAAUGGCUUCCUUGAAUAAACUCCAGCGAGGACCCAAACGUUUCCAUGACACAGCCUGUUACACACCGCGGCGUCCCGUCCUCAAAUAUCGAUGCGCGACCAACGACACGUCACAUAACUUGUCUCUUUGUCUCUUCCGCUCUCUCACACACUCGUAUGCAGUGGACGAGCACGAUUUGGACUUUCACCAGAGCCCCCCCACCCCCCACCCCCCGUUCGGUUGCGGGACGUCCUGGGAGAGCCGUCCCUGAGAACAGUGCUGACUAGUUGGCUCGGCGGUCGACCUCCGUCGGCCGCCACUUAACGGCAAGUUGCUAAGAUGGGAAAAUCAAGUGGGAAGGAAUCUCAGACCCCCACCCCCCCCCCCCAAAAAAAAGAAAAGAAGUGAACAGAGCAGUGGUUUUAUAACAAAGGAAGGAUUCUUUUUCUCCCAUGUGGCGAUGCCAAAGUUGUGCCGCGCGUACGCAAGCUUCAAAUGAAAGUUACAAAUAACUGCCUAAAACUGUUUUUAGUGCUAAUUUAUGAGUCUGACAAAACAUGGGGAACAGAAGUUACAGGUUGGUUUUCAGCACUGAGGACAAAGACAAUCCUGGUUCGGCCGGAGCACAUCGUAUUUAAAGUCUAAAACCGAAGUUUAAAGUCACAAUCACACUAGAAAGACAAUCCAGUGUUUCAUGUCCUUCUUCCUAUUAUUUUAACACUUUACGACCACAAGUUCAUAUUCACCUUAUCUACACGAAGGCUGGGACUGGUUUGAAGGCGGAGCUGGAGUUGGACAUGUGCGGAAGCUUUCCUCAAACAUAAUCAUUCAGUUCAAUGUAGCAGUCAGGAAGUGAUUGUAUUUACUCUGUACUAUAAACGCUUUGAUUUUUCUAGCAGCAUUUUUCUUAAAGUCCUUAUUGUUCCCGUGACUGUAAAUCGUCCGAGCACUGGAAAACGUGACAUAUUAAAAAAACAAAAACAAACAAGCAGUCUGUCACUGGAAUGAAUGACAAGUCCCAAAAAUAUAAUAUUUUUAACAGCGCUGACAAGGGUUAGCCGUGACACAGAUUUGCCAGUCUGUUGUCUUAACCCCCUUAAGUGUCAAAGACAAUCAAUAUGCUGUAUAUCAAUAUCCCAGUCAGACCAAUAAGGGCUUUCAACAGUGCUGAGUAUACGUUAUUCCAUGUAGCCUUGCAUGUAUAAGUUUUGGAGUCGGAACCACAUAAAAAUAUAUUCAUGCAUACGAUUCCUGCAGAGAUGUAUUUUAUUCUUUAAGUGUAAAUAUCUUCCAUUCACGAGCAUUUUGUGUCUGCUGAGUUUAUUCUUAAGUUGGACGCGGACUCUGCACCGGAGUCUCUUCUCUCUCUCUGUUAUAAAAGAGGAAACGUCUGACCUUU